AUACAACAUUGAUCCUGGCUUGUACUGUCCAUUUUUCUCUCUUGGGGCAUGCAUGGAAGGUUUGAACAGUUUGUUCAGUCGGCUCCUAGGAAUCUCCCUUUAUGCUGAACAGACACAGACAGGAGAAGUUUGGUCUGAAGAUGUUCGAAAGUUGGCUGUUGUUCAUGAAACUGAAGGUUUGCUAGGAUACAUCUAUUGUGACUUCUUUCAACGACCUGAUAAACCACAUCAGGAUUGUCACUUCACAGUUCGUGGAGGCAGGUUGAAGGAAAAUGGAGAGUACCAGUUGCCUGUAGUUGUUCUUAUGCUUAGCCUGCCCCGUUCAACAAGGAGUGCACCAACACUACUGAGCCCUGGAAUGAUGGAGAAUCUCUUCCAUGAAAUGGGACAUGCUAUGCAUUCCAUGCUGGGAAGAACUCGCUAUCAACAUGUCACUGGAACCAGAUGUCCUACUGAUUUUGCUGAAGUUCCCUCAAUUCUGAUGGAGUACUUUGCAAAUGACUAUCGAGUGGUUAACCAGUUUGCAAGGCAUUAUAAAACAGGACAGCCACUGCCAAAAAACAUGGUGUCAAGACUAUGUGAGUCCAAAAAGGUGUGUGCUGCAGCUGAUAUGCAACUCCAGGUAUUUUAUGCUGCCUUGGACCAAAUAUACCAUGGGAAACAUCCUCUAAAAAAGUCAACCACAGAAAUUUUAAAGGAAACACAGGAAAAAAUUUAUGGAUUGCCAUAUGUACCUAAUACAGCCUGGCAGCUGCGAUUCAGUCAUCUUGUGGGUUACGGUGCCAAAUAUUACUCCUACCUCAUGUCUAGGGCUGUUGCCUCCAUGGUGUGGAAACAGUGUUUUGCUCAGGACCCAUUUGAUAGGGCAAUGGGUGAGCGUUACCGUAGAGAGAUGCUGGCACACGGCGGUGGAAAAGAGCCCAUACUUAUGGUUCAAGGAAUGCUUCAGAAAUCACCUUCAGUUGAAGAUUUUGUGGAUGCCCUUGUUUCAGACUUAGACCAGGACUUUGAAACAUUUAUCACGGACUCAUAA